GUGCAAAGGGGAUGCUAGUCUCCUAGAACAAACAAUACUUGUAAACCUAAUCUCUUUCUCGUUCUACUCUCCGACGGACAUUUAACCUAAUCGAUCUGUCGCACCUUUCUGCUCUCAUCUCGUUUUACUCUCCUGCGCACAUCUCCGUCGGCCUGCAUCUCUCUGGCGCACAUCUCAGUUAGGUAUCGGCCAGGAUAUUCAGGCUGCAUCAGUCCUCCAUCUUACCAUUCAAUUCGUUCGGCCUGCGAUUCAUUCAGAUGUCGAGCAAAGAUAAUACCACAAGAAAAGAUGGGGUGAGCAAGUACCGAACCGAUACCGAAAUUUCCCGAAAAAACCGAGAAUACCGAACCGAAAAAUACCGAACCGAAAAAGUACCGAGAAGAAACCGAACUGUACCGAACCGAAUGGUCGGUACGGUAUUUGGGAACGGUACGAGGUGACGUACCAUACCGAAAAUCCCGAACCGAACAUAUAUACUAAAAUAUUAUAAAAAAUAAUAACCCGGAGUAAUAUUUUUCAUAUUCCUUCACUAAAUAAUACGGAGUAAUUUUUAAAAAAAAAUUGGUUGAAGUUUUAUCAUGUGAGCUGUGAGAAAACAUUUAUGUUUCUGAGAAAACUUCUCAUAUGUGACAUACGACGAGAGAGGAUAUUUGCAUUUCUCCCCGACAUAUGGUCCAACCACAUGGGUAACAUAAUCGGAAAGGCGUACAUUUGGACGUUUCUCACGCUGGCCACGUCCCAAGUUCUUCACCGUUGGCUGGGAAGGGGAUGGUCGACCGUCGUCCGUGGAACGGUCCACGGGGUCGACCGUCUGAAGCUGUUCCGGAUCGCUAACUUUCUGCCUCGGAGACGGUCGACCGUCUUCCUCAUCACGGUCGACCGUUUGAUCAUCUCCCAAAGAACUGUCAUUCUGCCUCUCGGAAGGUCGACCGUGGACAUCGGAACGGUCCAUCAGGUCGACUGUCUGUAGCCGGUCUGCUCUGCCGCUUUCCUCCGUUCGACCGUCCCUCUUGGAACGGUCCAUCUGUUCUUCCGUCCGCAGUUCUUCAUCUUCAUCAUAAGAUCUAAUCUCAUUUGUACUUCUUGUAUCAAUAUAUGCACCUGUAGGAG